AUGGCAGGUGUGAAUCCGGCAGAGACAGGCUACGUUGAGGCCCACGGUACGGGAACGCAAGCUGGUGAUCCAUUAGAAGCUCGCGCUAUUCUCAACACAGUUGGCGCGGUCGAGGGUCGCAAAUCAGACCUGUAUGUUGGCUCCGUUAAGACAAACAUUGGUCACCUUGAGGGUGCAGCAGGGGUGGCCGGAGUAAUUAAGGCUGCAUUGGCAGUUGAGCGCGGUUUAAUACCCCAGAAUCUAUGGUUUGAGAAGCUGAAUCCAGAGAUUGAUCUUCCGAGAAACGUCAAGAUACCACUCGAACUGACACCGUGGCCGCACAGCGGACCUCGUCGUGCAAGUAUCAAUUCAUUUGGUUUCGGAGGCGCGAAUGAGGGUUCAAGCAGCCUUCCCAGCACGCCUCGUGGAGAAACCACUAGCGGCGAGCACAGCGAGGCGACAAGCGAUGCAUCGAGCGAAAUCCUACGUGAGACUUAUCCCACGCCGAGAUUGUUUGUUCUGUCUUCGAAUGACCAGAACGGCGUGAAGCGCAAUGUUGAGCGCUUACAGAGCUAUCUCGCUUCCAGGACCUCCACUACUCCCUCUUUCCUCAACGACCUAGCAUUUACACUGAACUCGAAGAGGACAACACUACCAUGGAAAUCUUACGCUGUUUCCAGCGGUCUUAGCAACCUGCAGGAACAGCUUUCAAGUCUUGCUCCUGCAGUCCGCUCUUCCAACUCAACUGUACCACGAGUUGCAUUUGCUUUCACUGGGCAGGGUGCGCAAUGGCACGCUAUGGGAAAGGGUCUUUCCAUUUAUACGGCGUUUGCAAAAAGCAUGCAACGCUCUGAGGUUCUGCUAAAGUCAUUUGGCUGCCCAUGGAACCUUGCCGAGGAACUGAGUCGCACCGAGGCUGAGUGCAAGCUCCGUGAGACCGACUACAGCCAGCCAGCAUGCACAGCCAUUCAAAUUGCUCUUGUAGAUCUCUUGAAUGAGUUUGGUGUACGCCCCGUUGCUGUCCUUGGCCACUCCAGCGGCGAGAUCGCCGCUGCGUAUACUGCUGGCUUCAUUGACCACGAGGCUGCAAUCAAAAUUGCUUGGCUAAGAGGACAGGUCAGCAAGACGGUGUCUAAGAAUGGCGGAAUGUUAGCAGUUUCUGCAAGUUCCGACAGCAUACAGCAUCACCUGGAGUCUUUGAAGUGCGGCAGGGCCAUUGUUGGAUGCUUGAACUCGACCAAAGCUUGCACGGUCACUGGCGAUGCUACCGCCGUUGAAGAGCUACAGAAAGUGUUGAAAGAAGCUCAGGUAGCAUGUACUCGACUACCCAUGGACGUUGCAUACCAUUCUUUCCACAUGGAAUCUGCACGGGACAGGUACGAGAAGGCCUUGGAGGGUAUCCCGCAUGGGAUAACAUCUACCAUUCCCAUGUUCUCCUCGGUGACAGGCAAUAUCGUCGCUGCCACGCAAAUGAAGCCAUUCUACUGGGUCGACAAUCUGGUAUCUCCAGUUAACUUCGUUGGCGCUGCCCGGUCUCUUCUACGCCACCAGGCCAAUUCACGCAGAGCCUUUGCAAACUUGUUCGUCGAGAUCGGCCCUCACUCAGCACUGCGAAGUUACCUUCUGGACAUUUUCAGCGGUGAAGACUGCGCCGCGGAUCUGAAGUACACCACGAUUCUUCGUCGCAAAUUCGAUGGCGCAACUACUACGCUUGAAGCCAUCGGCCAGCUCUGGUCUCAAGGAUGCGCUGUUGAUUUCCAAAAGGUUAAUGCAACAUCUCGGGAAGAUGCCAAGAUGCUGGUAGACUUGCCUCCGUAUGCCUGGAACCACAAGUCCUACUGGGACGAGUCGCAUCUGAGCCGGCAACACCGUAUGCGCCCUUCACCACGUACUGAUCUCGUGGGUUAUCGCCUUAAUGGAACCCCGGAGCAUACAUGGCGCAACUUCUUGAGGUGCAACGAGAAUCCCUGGAUCCGUGAGCACAAAGUCCAGGGCGACAUUCUCUACCCUGGUGCAGGCAUGCUUGUAAUGGCAAUCGAGGCGAUGCAUGAACUGGCGCAGGAGACGAGCGCCGAUGAAGUCUAUGGCUUCGAACUUCGCGACGUUAGUAUCGACUCAGCGCUAAGGGUACCUGACACGGAGAAGGGUAUUGAGGUCAUGACGCAGCUGCACAAUCGUCGCACCGGAACGCGAGCUGCGGUAUCGUCGACACUCUACGAGUUCACAAUCUCGUCGUGGAGUGAAGAGAUGAGUUCUUGGAAUGCUCAUGCUUCUGGUCUGAUCUCUGCCACAUUCAAACCCUUCUCUCCAUCUAUGGGCGCUGAAGUGGCACUGAGCAAUGAGCGUUACGUCUGUUCCAUCGCAGAGGCCAGAAAAGUCUGCCAGACACCAGCCCGGAGUUUCCUCUACGACACGGUCGAGACGAUUGGCAUGAAGUAUGGCCCCAUCUUUCGCAAUAUGACCGAGCUAUCUGCCGGGAAAAAUGCCAGUUACGGUGUCAUAAAAGUGCCGGAUACCAAGGCAAUCAUGCCUAGGCAGUUUGAGUACCCGUACAUCAUUCAUCCUGCCACACUCGACUCAGUUCUUCACCUCCUCUUCCCCAGCAUCUCCGGCGAAGAUCAAGCACUUAGCGAGGCGGUCGUCCCAAAAUCUUUCGACCGCGUCUUUGUGUCAGCCAAUGUAUCGAAGACGGCCGGCACAGAGCUUCAAGGGUGCUCUACGGCAAAGAAACUGAGUUACACCACUUGGAUUUCCAAUAUCACUAUGUCAGAUGCAGCAAUGUCGGAGCCCACCAUCAUCAUGGAGGGACUCGUUCUGGCGUCUGUUGGAUCGACAGAAACUGCAUCUCAGCAGUUAGAGACACGGGCCUCAUGCUUCACACAAAAUUGGCAUCUUGAUGCUGACCUGCUGGAACCAUCUCAGCUCAAGGACAUCAUCUACAAGCGCACCUUGAAGAGCAAGGACGAUGAAUCGGUGCUCGACAAGCUCGAAUUCGUCUGCCUGGUGUACAUUUACCGCAUUCUAGCCUGGUUCGAGAGCGCUGAGGGCAAGGCUCACGUGCCGCAAGACGGCUUCUGGAAGUCUUAUGUCGAAUGGAUGCACGAAACUGUGAAUCAAUUUCCACCGCUACCAGCGGAUGUUGACACCGAGAUGCAGCGAGCCCGGGAGCGCAUCGUCAAGUCGGAGAGUGGUGAUAUCACGGUGCAGAUGGUCGACCGCAUCGGGCAGAACCUCUCUCGCAUCUUCGCGCACGAGGUGGAGGCUCUGCAGUGCAUGACCGAGGGCGAUCUCCUCUAUUCCUUCUACCGUGGGGCCUUUGGCACCAGCUUCAACACGAAUGUGGCCGAGUACGUCGGCCUGAUUGCCGACAAGCGACCUGGACUGCGUAUCCUAGAGAUUGGCGCUGGGACGGGCGGCACCACUUACCAUGUCCUGGAACGCCUGCGCAACCCCGACGGUAGCUCCAAGGCUGCGCAAUACUUCUUUACGGACAUCUCUCCUGGAUUCCUUGCCAAGGCGGCUGAUCGAUUUGAUGUGGAUGCAUCCAUCAUGCAGUUUGGCACUCUGAAUGUAGAGAACGAUCCCGCGGAGCAAGGAUUCAACCCUGAGUCCUUUGAUCUUAUCGUGUGCGCCAACGUACUUCACGCGACGAAGAGCAUACAAGAGACCCUAGCGCAUUGCAAAUCGCUGCUGAAGCCUGGUGGCCGUCUCGUCUUGUCCGAAGUUACUAUCAAGCGCAUCUUCUCGGGCUUCAUCAUGGGCCCUCUGCCAGGCUGGUGGCUAGGAGAGGCAGAUGGCAGGUACGGAGGCCCGCUUCUAGACGUGGAAGAGUGGAAAAUCGCGUUGACCAUGGCUGGAUUUUCCGGCGUUGAUGUUGAUAUCCGCGGUGACAGAGACACCUCGAAGGAGCCCGUCUCGUUGAUCAUCUCAACAAAGCCUGAAACAAGAGCCUCCACUCUACCUUCCUGCCUUAUCAUCACUCCCGGCACCGAAUUGUCCGACAAGCUUGCAAGUGCAAUCCAGGAGGCAUUCGUCUUUGCUGGUCACGCGGCCAGUAUUGCUCAGUGGAAUGAGGUUACCAAGGCGCAUGUGGAGGGAAAGUAUUGCCUCUGCUUGGCUGAAUGGGAAAAUGCUAUUCUCGCCAAUCUUACCGACGAAGACUGGGGCAGAGUACGCGAGGUUGUGCUUUCUUCAAAAGGCGCAUUGUGGAUCACUGGAGGCGCUACCUUCAAUACGCCACAUCCCAUGAAGAGCUUGAUGGUGGGACUCGCAAGAGCCAUUCGAAACGAAGACGCCGGAGUCCGCCUCGCAUGCCUCGACUUGGAUUCUCCAGCGACAAUUGAUAUGGAAUUAGCAUCGCAGACCGCGCUCAAGGUCGCUCGUGCAUAUUUCCGCGGAGACGGCACUGAGGGUGAGUUCACUGCACGUGGAGAUCUGGUCUAUGUACCGCGCGUCGAACGGACACUAGACGUCGAUACAUCACUACGAAAAUACGAGGCCAAGGGCGAGCCCGAGAUGGUGUCCUUCAGGGGCUGCGGACGUCCCCUCAAACUGACAAUCAAGACUCCUGGUCUACUCGACACUUUCCAGUGGGAAGAGGAUGAGACGUACCACACACCAAUACACGAGGACUGGAUCGAGAUUGAGGUGAAGGCCGUCGGUCUCAACUUCAAGGACGUGCUGGUUGCGCUGGGAAACCUGGCUGAGGACAAGUUGGGCGUCGAUGCUUCAGGCACUGUCACUCGUGUCGGAUCUGCCGUCACAGACUUCAAGGUUGGAGACCGGGUGAUGACCGCAUCCUGCGACACCUUCGCCACCUACGUCCGCUUUCCAGCCAAAGGCGCCAUAUCGGUGCCUGCAGGCAUGAGCUAUGAAGAAGCUGCGUCAAUGCCCCUCAUCUUCCUCACUGCUUACUACGCGUUGGUGACCGCAGGCGGUCUUAUCGCUGGCGAGAAGAUUUUGAUCCACGCAGCGGCUGGUGGUGUCGGACAAGCUGCCAUCAUGAUUGCGCAAGCCAAAGGCGCCCAGAUUUUCGCUACUGUUGGCGCGGAAAGCAAGAAGCAGCUUCUUGUCGAACAAUAUGGUAUUCCUGAGAAUCGAAUCUUCAGCAGCCGUGAUACCAGCUUUGUCAAGGGAGUGUUACGUGCGACGGGUGGCCAGGGUGUGGACGUUAUCCUCAACUCCUUAGCCGGCGAAGCCCUCCGCCUGUCAUGGACCGAUUGUCUGGCUAAAUUCGGUCGAUUUUUGGAAAUUGGAAAGGCCGAUCUUUUCGCCAACACCGGUCUCGACAUGAAACCUUUGCUAGACAACAAGAGCUACAUCGGUGUCAACCUGCUCGACUUUGAGAACAACCCAACACCGCGAGCGGUGUCACUCUGGCAAGAGACAACCAAGAUGAUUCACGAAGGUGUCAUCAAACCUGUCGCACCGCUCCAGAUCUUCACCAUGGCUGAAGUCGAAAAGGCGUUCCGUCACAUGCAGGCCGGCAAGCACAUGGGCAAAGUCGUCGUUCGGGUUGACGACGCAGAUCUUGUCCGUGUAGUGCCCCGAGUUCCCCGAGUGAGCAUCUGUCCCGACGCGACGUACGUACUCGCCGGACUGGGGGGUAUCACUCGUGAGAUUGCGCGCUGGUUAGCUGCAAAGGGUGCAAGGAACCUCGUACUCAUCUCUCGCUCGGCAGCUAGCAGCGCGGACAACAGAGCCUUCGCUACGCAACUGAAGAAGACGUACAACGUCACGCCGCUGGCCUAUGACUGCGAUGUUGGCAGCAAGGCUGCUCUGCAGGAAGUCCUCAACGAUCUCAGAGCCAAAGGUUUGCCACCCAUCAAAGGAUGUGCGACUGGCGCCAUGGUCCUGCAAGACUGUCUCUUCGAUAAGAUGACCGCAGCCAGCGUCCGUAGGACUGUAGGUCCCAAGGUCCACGGUACCUGGAAUCUGCACGAACUUCUACCACGCGACAUGGACUUCUUUGUGAUGCUGUCCUCACUAGCCGGCGUUAUGGGUCAUCGCGGACAGGGCAAUUACGGGUGCGGCAACAACUUCCAGGACGAAUUUGCAGCAUUUCGGCGCAGUCAGGGUCUCCCCGCGAUGACGAUCGAUAUCGGCUAUCUCCUGUCAGUCGGAUUUGUCGCUGAACAUGAUGAGUACGUUGACCACGUCAAGGCCAUGGGGCUUAAAGUCAUGCACACAUCCGACCUACAUGGCUUGCUCGCAACUGCCAUCGAAGGCCCCGCGCACCACCCGGCCCAGGUAAUGUGCGGGCUGCCAUUCAACGAGCAUGACGAUGCCUGGUACUGGAUGGCCGAUGCGCGGUUCGCGGCUCUGCGCAAUGUCGCUGCCGGUUCCUCUGCGAAAGCCGGACAGACCAUCUCAUUGCGCGAGGAGCUGACGCGAUGUGCGACCGUCAGCGAAGAGGCCGUGCAACUCAUCACGGCGGCCAUUGUGCAAAGGCUUGCGAGCCUAAUGAUGACGCCUGAGGCCGACAUUGAUGCCGGCAGGCCGCUGAGUGCAUAUGGUGUUGACAGUUUGGUGGCUGUGGAAGUUAGGAAUUGGAUCGCUCGCGAGGUUGCGGUUGAGUGCUCGGUGUUCGACGUAAUGCAAAAUGUGCCGAUAAUGCAGUUAGCGCAGAAUCUUGCAGAGAAGAGUAAGUUACUAAGUAGAGAAUCUUAG